GAGGCCGCACCCAGAGGUUCAGAGUGUCCUCAGGCCCGACCAAUUGGAGUACUACGUCCGCCUAGAACUGCUUCCCAGGACGGUGAAAAACGCCAAGGCGGCCCACUAGUUUUGGGACACAGCCGGCAUGGCGGCGACGGUGACCCUGGAACCCGCAGGCCGCUGCAGCUGGGACGAGCCAGUGCACAUCACCGUGCGCGGACUAGUUCCUCGGCGGCCGGUCACGCUGCGCGCCUCCCUGCGCGACGAGAAGGGCGAGCUCUUCCGGGCGCGCGCGCACUACCGCGCGGACGGCACCGGUGAGCUAGACUUGGCGCGCGCGCCCGCGCUGGGCGGCAGCUUUAAGGGGCUUGAGGCCAUGGGGCUCUUCUGGGCCCUGGAACCUGAAAAGCCCUUCCUUCGGCUGGUGAAGCGGAACGUGCAGACGCCCUUCGUCGUGGAGUUAGAGGUGCUGGACGGCCACGACCCCGAGCCCGAGCGGUUGCUGGCGCGAGCGGUGCACGAGCGUUACUUCCUGCGACCCGGGACGUUGAGGGAGCCGGUGCGCGAGGGCAGGGUGCGCGCCACGCUCUUCCUGCCGCCAGGCAUGGGGCCCUUUCCCGGGAUCAUUGAUCUGUUUGGAACUGGCGGUGGCCUUUGUGAAUACAGGGCCAGCCUCCUGGCAGGACACGGUUUUGCUGUGCUUGCUUUGGCUUAUUUCAGAUUUGAAGACCUUCCUAAAUAUUUGAAGAAUGUGCACCUGGAGUACUUUGAAGAUGCUGUGGACUUCAUGCUGCAGCAUCCAAAGGUGAAAGGCCCUAGUGUCGGGCUUCUUGGCUACUCCAAAGGAGGUGACUUGUGUCUCUCAAUGGCCUCCUUCUUGAAGGGCAUCACAGCCACUGUACUUAUUAAUGGCUGUGUGGCCAACACAGUAACUCCUCUUCAUUACAAGGAUGUGACUAUUCCUCAUCUUGCCACUGACCUAAGGAAAUUAACAAUCACUGAAUCUGGCAUUAUGGAUUUUAUGGAUGUUUGGAACGACCCACUGGAGGAAGCCAACCACCGAAGUCUCAUUCCAUUAGAAAAGGCCCAAGGCCCCUUCCUGUUUAUUGUUGGCAUGGAUGAUCAUAACUGGAAGAGUGAAUUCUAUGCUCGUAUAGCCUCUGAAUGGUUACAAGCCCAUGGAAAAGACAGACCCCAAAUAAUCUGCUACCCUGGAACUGGUCAUUGUAUUGAUCCACCUUAUUUUCCUCCUUGUAUAGCCUCUGUGCAUGCAGUGCUGGGCCAAGCAAUGUUCUUUGGAGGUGAGCCAAGGGCUCACUCAAAGGCACAGGUGGAUGCCUGGCAGCAAAUUCAAACUUUCUUUCAUAAAUACCUCAAUAGCAAAAGGCCUGUCAAGCUCAGCAAAAUAUAACCUUGUAAUCAUAGACCAGAUGCUAUUAAUAAAAAUUCCAUUCAUACAGUGUGUUGCGAUUUCCAGAAUACCUAAGAACCGUUUUGUAACAAAGCAACCAGCUCAGCUUCCUUGUCAGGUCCUAACCAUCAUUUCUUCUCUGCUGGAUAUCCCCGUCUUGCCCCCAAUUUUACCCAAUGUAUAGGCUUAACCCUAAUGUUUCUGGAGGACUCUUCUUAACUUUAAGCAGGAAAAAUAUAAGAAGUGCUUGCCCAACUUUCAGUUGCUGGCCUUAGUUCCUUAUGUCCCUGUUCUGAGGACUGAGAUUGUGUAUUGCUCUGGAGUCCCAUAUCCCCUUUGGACCCUAACAGGCCAUGUCUGAGCCUUGAGUAUCUGCCCACUCAAGUCCCUUAAGGAAUGAACUGUGCCUCCUUCUGGCCAGUACGUAUCCCUGAGUAUGUACUAAAGACUUAUCCCUGAACCACAGUCAAGUUUGGGGCUGUUACGUCUGCUGAUACACUUCCUUUAUGUUGACCAUCUGUCUGGAUUCCCAGUCACUAUAUAGUACUGCCUGCUGGGAUAACUGCCUGAUACAAACAGACUUUCGGGGCUGCACUUUGUGAGCCACUUUAAUCUUUGUUAAGUCAUAUCAUACAUGCCAAAUUUGACCCUCUCCCAGCACCAUCUGCUCCUAUGACCUUCCUACAGGGAAUGACUGGGAGCAGUCUGCUCCAGCCCACUGCAGUGCACUGGGCACUAUCUAGAGUCACGAGAAACCAGAGAAGAUAGUCUUCCCUAAAUGCAAGAAGGCUUUUCUGAGACUGCAGAGCACAUAGUUUAAUGGGUAUAUAAAAAUUUUUCACCAGUUUGACUCUGUUCAUGCAAAUGGAUAGAUCUUAACUAAUGACCAGAAAUGUUUCUUACAGGUAACUUAAUUUUGACCAAUUGUUAAAAAUCUCUUCAAGUGUAGUCAUUCAUGAUGUAUUAUUUUCUAUAGUGUGCAUUCUGGGAGCCUUUGUUUUAACUCAUUUCCAGGUGGUCUUAACUAUCCUAGAGAUGCCCUUGGGAUGGAGAGCAACUGAAGAAGUUAUAAGGAAAGUGGGUGGUGGUGAUGAUGGUGAGAGAAAGUGAGGGCCAAAAAGGUAGCACCAAAGCUAAGCAUGAGGAUGAUGACCAGUCAUCUCCAUGUAUCAAACCACUAGAGCACGAUAGCCCUAGACCUCAAUUUCUUCCUUUCUGAUAAAAUAACUGUGCCAGUUUGGAUGUAUUAUGUCCCCCAAAACUCCAUGUUCUUUGAUGCAAUCUUGCAUGGGCAGAUGUAUUAGUGUUGAUUAGGUUGGACCUUAUUGGUUCAGUGUUUCCAUGGAGAUGUGACUCAAUCAACUGGGGGCAAGACCUUUCAUUGGAUUGUUUCUAUAGAGGUGUUGCUAUACCCAUUCAGGGUGGGUCUUUAUUGGAUCACUGGAGUACUUUAAGAAGAGCCACACAGGCCCAGACGCAGAGCAGCUGUGCAUGACAUUUUGAAGAGGAUCUGCAGCUAAGAGAGGACAAAA